AUGCGUUUGUUCACAGUAGAGUGCUGGCUUCCAGCAUUGCUUGGUCUCCAAGCUAUUGCGGUUAAUGCCCAAAGCUCUGCUUCACCCAACUGUACAAUCAAAACCCAAUUCUUCACGCAGCUGGUUGACCAUAAUUCGACUACAAAUGGGACUUUUCAACAGCAGUAUCAGAUCAUCAAACCUCAUUUCAAGCCUGGAGGUCCAAUCUUUUACUAUCAGCAAGCCGAGACUGCAAAAUUUGCCUGUCUGGAGAGAACCAUUUAUCCAGAAUGGGCUCAAGAGGUCGGCGGCAUGGUCAUCAGUCUCGAGCACCGUUUCUUUGGCCUUAGUGAUGCAUCAAACGCCACAGAUCCUAUCGAAAAGUACAAGUCCCUAAUCCUUGAGAAUGUUAUGCUGGAUGCCGCUGUUAUUGGUCCGCUGCAACAGCAGUGUAAGAAAGCUCUUCGCGGCGCCGAUGAUACGCCUGCGACUCCAGCGGCAGUCGCUGCUGCGGCGAUCGCAGCAAUUGCUACUCCCGGGGUAUCAGGCGCUACCCUGGCUCGCCGUCGGGCGCGGGCUCGUAAUAUCACUGAUGCGAAGACGCGGUUGGAUAUUGCGAAUUCUCUGGAGUCGAUGAACACUAUGCUCUCCGUCUUCUUUUCGGAGCGGCUUAAGAGCCUUAAGGGUUGCUCGGCUAAUAACCUUCCUGCCGUGCCGGCUCGCGAGG